CACUAGUUUUUUGUGAAGUCUCCAACAUCACACACACAAGAGAGUGAGAAACAGAGAGAAAAAGAAAGGAAAAAAAAAAAAAAAGAGAGAGAGAUAUGGCUUAUACUGCUAUUACUUCUCUUAUGAGAACCAUAGAUCAAUCAAUGCAACUUACUGGCUAUAAUUUGCAAUCAUUUGAUGAAAAGCUUGAAUCUUUGAGAGCUAUCAUGGAGAAAAAUUGUCAAAUAACAGGCCAUUUAGAGGCAUUAACAUGCUUGGAAGCUGAAAUCAUAGAGCUAGCAUGUAGCACAGAAGAUUUGGUUGACUCAGAAUCAAGAAAAAGUUUCUUAGAGAAAAACGAAAUCACUCGAAAAAUAGAUUUUUGGGAACUUCGUUUCAAGUUGAAACAGGCAUUAGGGCACAUUGAUUCCGCGAUAAACAAGUGGAUGGCAGUGAGGCAGGACAGCGAAGUUUUGAGACCAAAAAAAUUGAUUCUAUCAGAGCCUGAUGAGAAUAUGAUGGUUGGUCAUGAAAAUGAGUUCGAGAUGAUGCAGGAUCAACUUGCUAGAGGAGCAAGUGAACUAGAUGUUGUGUCAAUUGUAGGGAUGGGAGGUAUCGGUAAGACAACUUUGGCUAACAAAAUUUACAAUGAUCCAUUCAUCAUGUCUCGUUUUGAUAUUCGUGCAAAAGCUAUUAUUUCACAAGAGUAUUGUGCGAGAAAUGUACUCUUAUGCCUUCUUUCUUGUAUAAGUGGGAAGAUCGAUGAAUUUCAUGAGCAGCAAGAUGAUGGGGAGCUAGCAGACCGACUGCAAAAGCUUCUAAAAGGCAGGAGGUACUUGGUAGUCAUUGAUGACAUAUGGACUAAAGGAGCUUGGGAUGAUAUAAAACUAUGUUUCCCAGACUGUAACUAUGGGAGCCGGAUACUCCUGACUACUCGGGAUAUGGAGCUGGCUGAAUAUGCUAGCUCAGGUAAGCCUCCUUAUCGAAUGCGCCUCAUGAAUAAUGAUGAAAGUUGUAGUUUAUUGUGUGAAAAGGUCUUUGCGAAAGGCUUUUGCCCCCCUGAAUUUGAACAACUUGGGAAACAAAUUGCAUUAAAAUGCAGAGGAUUGCCUCUAGCAAUUGUUGUGAUCGCUGGACUUCUUUCCAAAAUUGGCAAAACAUUGAAUGAGUGGAAAAGUGUUGCCGAAAAUGUAAGUUCAAUGGUAAGCACAGAUCUUGAUGCUCAUUGCUUGAGAGUGCUAGCUUUGAGUUACCAUAAUUUGCCACAUCACUUAAAAGCAUGUUUUCUAUAUUUUGCAAUCUUCCCGGAGGAUGAAUUCAUUUUUGUCGAUAAACUUAUGGAAUUAUGGGUUGUAGAAGGAUUUCUGAAGGUAGAAGCAACGGAAAGCAUUACAGAAGUGGCGGAGAAAUGUCUAAAAGAUCUUAUAGACAGAAGUUUAGUUUUCGUACACUAUUUGAGUUUUGAUGGAAAAAUCAAGAGUUGUGGAAUUCAUGAUGUGACCCGUGAAUUCUGCAUGAAAGAAGCUCGAAACAUGAAUUUUUUGAAUGAUAAUGGAGGGGGAAAUGAUCAAACCACUUCAUGUGCACAAUCCAUGCAUAUUUCCUCUAAGAGUCGAGGUCGGAUCAGUAUUCAACACGGGAAAGAGUUAGCUAGGUGUCGUAAUAAUGAGGCCCGCUCUAUUUUCCUUUUUUAUAGAUACCGAGGGUUCGAGCCAGAGUUACUACGUUUCAAGCUAGUAAGAGUACUAGAUCUUGCUUUAUUGAGGUGUUUUACUUUUCCUAGUUGGAUACUUGAUUUAAUUCACUUGAGAUACCUAGCUUUGACUCUUUCCCCCGGCGAGCAGAGCUAUCUGGGAGACGACAUUUCUUCAUCACUAGACAUUCCUCUAUCAAUAGCUAGCCUACAUUAUCUACAAACUUUCAUACUUAAGGUUUCACAUCACGAGGCCUCGCAAUAUCCUUUCACAUUACCAUCAAGUAUUUUGACAAUGCCGCAAUUGAGUCACCUUUGUCUGGACUGGAAUUACUUGCGUUAUCAUGAGCCUGCAGAGAAAAGUUUGCUUCUGAAAAAUUUGCAAAGUCUAUCCGGUUGGAAUCCGUUAUUCUGUACUUGGUCUGUCUUUCGACUACUUCCCAAUUUAAAGAAGUUGCAAAUAUGUGGCAUCGAAGAAGACUUUCGUAGUAGCAAGGACAUCCUCUAUUUUCGCUACUUAGAUCAGCUUGAGGAAUUGGAAUUUCAUAUUGCUGCUCCACAAGAUCUUCCUCCUGGAAAUCAUUUUCCAUCUUUGCACCUUCCUUCUCCGGGUGCUUUUCCACAAAACCUCAAGAAUUUAGCUUUUAGCGGGACUUCUUUGUUGUGGAGGGAUUUGAGCGUUGUUGGUAAGUUGCCCAAACUCGAGGCCCUCAAACUAGCAUAUGAUGCUUGCGUAGGCCUGGAGUGGACAGUGGCUGAGGAAGGGUUUCCUAGCUUGAAGUUCUUACUACUCAAACGUUUGGGCAUACGGUACUGGAGAGCCAGUGGUAUUCACUUUCCCCGCCUUGAACGACUGUUCAUCAAGGCUUGCUGGUAUUUGGAUUCGAUACCUCAAGAUUUUGCAGAAAUAAUUACACUUGAGCUAAUUGAUAUAAGCGGUUGUGCACAAUCUGUUGGGAAUUCUGCCAAGCAGAUUCAACAGGAUAUUGAAGAUAACUAUGCGAGUUCUAUUGAGGUCUGUAUCAGUUAGGCCUUUAUGGCAUUUCUUUUUAUUCAGGUCGGAAAAGGAAACAACUAGUAAUUGAGGUGUUUUUUAAUAAAUAGUUGGUGAUAGUUCAAGUAAGAAACUCGCACACCUAAUAGUUCAGGUAUGAAACUCACGAAAAAAUGAUAAUUCAGGUGUGCUUUUGACCAUUACCCUUACUUUCAUGAAUUGUUAGUUGUUACUAUGUAUUCGUGUGUCCAAAUUAUGAGAUAAGUAACAUGCGACUAUCCUGUAAGGCAUGAACUUUGCUCCUCAA